GAGGGAGGGGGGCGUGAUGUAGGUGGUGGAGGAGACAGGAGCGAUGCAGGCGUGGUAGGAAGCCUUGGUGAUGCUCGUGAGGAGAAAAUGGAGGGCGGCGAGAGGGGAGAGGGCGGGGCAACGUGUGAGGACCAGGCAGCUGCUCAAGCUGAGAAUGAAGCGCAGCAGGCCGGCGGUGUGGCGAUUCUGCCUGUUUUCUUUGACAGAGGGGGGUCCACUGCUGGGGGCGAGGCACUGGCUCAGCCAUGCCCUGGCGAACGAGACGGUUCUGCUGCUGCUCCUUCCCUGAGUCCGCCUAAGCGUGCAGAUGCGGCGUCCAGUGCAUGUGAGCUCCUGCCUGUGGUCCAAGAGGGGGUCGGGCUGUUGCCUGUUCUGGAUGACAGGCAAGGGCGCUUGCCCGUGCCUGCAGGAGCAGUACCAGCAGCAGGAGCGGCAGUAUUAACGAGUCCUGCAGACGUGGCGGUGCGGUUUGAGCGGCUGCACAUGGGCGUGGCGGCCAUAGGGGCGGGCGAGUCAGGGAGCGAGGGUAGAGAGGGGGAGAGUGAGGAGGAAGAUGGGAGUGAGGGAGAGAGUGAAGAGGGGAGCGAUAGUAGCAUUGAUGCUGACGUGGCACUUGACUUUUUGAAUAAUCUGGUCGAUGACAGUGACGACGAGAGGAUGGACGGGGGGGGCGAGGAGGAGGGGGAGAAGGUGGCGGAGGAGGAGGGGGAGAAGGUGGCGGAGGAGGAGGGGGAGAAGGUGGCGGAGGAGGAGGGGGAGAAGGUGGCGGAGGGGGAGGGGGAGAAGGUGGCGGAGGGGGAGGGGGAGGCAGUAGGGAAUGUUGAGGGGGAGGAAGAAGAUGAGGGCGACGAGGGGGUACGUGAGGAGGAGGAGGAGGAGCCAUAUGCGGAGGAGGAGGAUGAGGAAGGCGAGGCAGAGGGAGCAGAGGAGGAGGAGGGUGCGUGCUAUGACGAGGAGAGGCACGUUGGGCUGGGCUAUGGCUCUGCAGGGUCCGCCCCGUCUGCAGCAGAGUUCUGGAACCAGCUGAAGCGCAUGCGGGGGGGGCAGGAAGGGGGGAAGAGGGAGGGAGGAGGAGGAGAGAGGGCGGGAGGGGUGGUAGGGCAGGGUGAAAUGAGGAGGGGUGGACAAGUAAGAGCGGUUGAUGUGGGCUUGGAUAGGGGGGAAGGGGAAGGUGAGGCAGGGGAGGGGGAUGAGGACAAGGAGGAGAGUGAGGACGCAGAGGAGGAGGAGGAAGAGGAGGAGGAGGAAGAGGAGGAGGAGGAGGAGGAGGAGGAGGAGGAGGAGGAGGAAGAGGAGGAGGAGGAGGAGGACGCAGAGGAGGAGGAGGAGUGGGAGAGUGGGGAGGAGAUGGAGGCGUUGGACGGGGAGUGGGAGAGGGAGCUUGAGGCAGCGUAUCAGAAAGAGCUGGCUCGCCGGCAGAGAGGGAAGGCGCCUUUGCAGGCAGCCACGGGCGCUGCUGCUACAGCUGCUACAGCUGCUACAGCUGCUGUCCCGGCGUCACUGCCUUCUGGUGGGCGCCACACGGGCGGCUUGGGGCGAGGACGAGGGGGGUCAGGGAGAGGGGCGGGGGCAGGAAGGGGGGCGCGGCCAGAAAGAGGGGGGGGCGGGCAAGCAGGAGCAGGAAUGGGCGGAGCGGGGAGAGGAGAAGUACGAGGGGAGGAUGGUGUGGCGAGCGGUAGCAGCGGAGGAGUGGGGCGCGGGUCGAAGAAGGCUGCCAGGAAGAUGAAACGAGCCCUGGCGAAACAGGCAAAGAAGGCAGCUAAAGCGUCCACCAAGAAGGGGCGCAGGAAGCAGGCCAUAGAGUUGAAGCGAAUGCAGCGAGCCACGGGAUUCGAACCCGAUGCUGCUGACGUGGACCUCCAGCAAAUCAACCAGGGCAUGCAACAGGUGGCGCUAGGCCGCGUUGACCUCUUCGCCUCUCCACCACUGAAACAGCACCAGUUCUCCAUGGUGCAAGCCAUGGGGCGCUCAUACCGACUUCUAUCCAUGGCGCAGCACAGCGGCAAGCGCAAGAUGCUUCUGUUCCAGGCGGGGCGGCACACGGCGCUGCCACAGGGCGAUGACAUGGCUCGCCUGGAGGAGAUUCUUGGUCGGUUCAACCUUGCAAGAGCUGCUGCUUCUGCUGCUGCUUCUGGGUGUACUGCACAUGGGCAGGGAGCAUCAAAGAAGGGCAGGGGCAGCAAGGACUACAGGGCGAGGCGCCUGGGUGAGUACAUGGAGGCGGUGGAUGUGGAGCGGGGCAUUGCGCAGAUGGAAGACAUCAUGAUGGCAGCGGAUGAUAACGACAAUGAGAGUGGUGCGGAGGGCAGCGAAGAGAGCGAGGGAAGUGAGGGAACUGAUGGAACUGAGGCGAGUGAGGAGAGUGGGGAGAGUGAGGGGAGCGAUGAGGAUGAAGAAGGGGAGGAUGUGUUUCUGGAGUUAGAGGAGGAGGAGUGGCUGGUGUCUGGAGAGGUGGACCGCGUGUCGCGCAAGCAGCGGCGGGCACAGGCGCAGGCGCGGCUCAUGCAGGGGCUGGGCGAGCGCAUGCAGCAAGACAAGGUGGAGAGGCGGAAGGAGCGCAGGGGGCAGGCGCUGAGGGAGAAGCUGCUUAGAGGAGAGGAGGAGACGCUGUGGAGGAGGAAGGGGGGAGGGUUGGUGCAACGGGGGGGGGGCAAGGGGAGGCAGGGGGAGAGAAGGGAGGGACGGGUGGGUCAUGGCCCAGGGAGGCAUGGGUUUGCAUCCAACCCUGUGGUGUUUGUGUCGCGCGGCGUUAUGGCCACGGAUGUGCUUGUAACGGAGGAGGGUGAUCAGGUGGUGAAUUUGGUGAAUGUGACUGUACAGAAAGUAGAGCAGCUGGGCUCAGAAGUAGAGGAGGCUUUGGGCGUCACGGUGAAUGAAGAAAGUUCAGAAAUUGGCGCAGCUGCAUCCGCUGGUGCCAACCCCACAGGAGGCGCAGCCGGUGUCAGUGUAAGUAGUGCUCCUGCUGUCGUCAGUGUAGCUGGUGCUGGUGGCAUGCAUGAUGAGGGAGAGGGAGCUGUGGGGGUCGCUGGUCACAAUAGAACGGUGGUGCACAGCACAGGUGGAGAAAGGAGUGACAGGCAAAGAGUUGGAGCGGCAAGAAGAGGACAUGGAGGGAUUGGUGGAAGGGAUAGCGGAGGGAGAGGGGGAAGUGGAGGAAGGAAAGAAGGUAGGAUGGAGAGGAGCAGUGUGGGCAGCGGCGGUGUGGCAGCAGACUUUGCAAGUUUUGAGGCGCAUACUCGUGGGUUUGGGUCUCGCAUGAUGGCGCAAAUGGGCUUCCGUGUUGGCUCUGGCCUUGGAAAGGACAAGCAGGGCAUUUCUGAGCCUGUGGUAGCUGAGCAACGGCCAAAGGGUCUUGGCCUUGGAGCACGCAUUUAACAGCUGCGCAUUGCAUGGUGAUUUGUGGGUAUGUUGCAAGCCCUUUUUGUGGUCUAGCUCUUGUUGUCAAUGUUUCCAUAACGCUGCUGAGCGGCAUGGCAGUAAUCUAUCCCGAAAGGAAGAUGCUUAUACGGGCGUGUCGCGAAGACCAGGAUUGAUUUCGGAUGCUUCUUUGGUGUUUCCUGGUUUGCCUGUUCGCGAGUUGCGAGCAGGGCUCACGCUAAGCUUUUUUGUAGCUCUGUUUCUCCCGGAUUCCCCACCCCCCUGCACCCUGAUUCGUCCGAUUUUAGGGUAGUUGAUUUCUGUUUCAUCCGGAUUCGGGUACAAA